AUUUAGUUAGCGUACGAGGAUCUGUGAUUUUGGAUUUGGUUAUUGAAGAAAAUUGCGAAAAUUACAUUAGAACCCUCUGGAUAGACAAUAAUCACAAUACUAGUGAUUUUUUGGCAGUAUAUGAGGUGAAGUUAAAUUUUGUUGUUAUCUUUUUGUCAUUUCAACAUAUUUGUAUUGUUCUUAUAUAAUUGAUUGUUAAAAACUUAAAAUUACUCGCGUUGUGAGUUUGUAUACGAUGCUGCGGGUAUUCUAUCGUUUACUUUUGGUACAUUUAAUAGGGAAGGCGCUUGGAACAUAACUUAGAAUAACCACCGUCAAAAGCUCGUUGGUUUUUGUGACUAAUUGCUGAAAUUACGUAUCUAAUAAUUAAUAACAUCGGGAGAUUGAAAACCAUAUCAUAGAAUUUCUACAUAAUUUUGAAUGAAGUUCCACACUCUUUCACUAUUUCAACACAUGCUAAUUAGUAUUCCAGGUUUACUAAAGUGACAAACAGAGGGCCGACCCUUGGGCCAAGCCACCUAGGCAACCACCUAGGCCUCCAAAUUUUGGCUUGGGCCCAGGGCCUCAAAAUUCAUGUUAGUUCCAAAAUACAAAAAAUGGUUUGGGGCCUUUUUGGGCUUGGAGUCUUGGACUAUACAUGCAUAAUCGGCUCAGCCUAUGUAUCUUUUCAAUUGGAGUAUUCGACAUUUCGACUUCCUCUCAAUCCUUUGCUUCGGAGCUUCCAGAGUAUAGAGACCAGUUGCAAGCAAAGCAAUUUCUACUGCUACGAGCCUACGACGUUGCCGGCAAUUUACAUUCCACGCUUAGGGAGUUUGGUUCUCUACAAUCCUCGUUGAGAUCCGUCUGAAUUUUGAUAGCAAUUUCACCCUAAUUUGAGGUAACUACAAAUCAUACCUAUCCAUUUUUCCCCAUUUUGAACAAGUUACAAAUAACACAAGAUAUAGUUGAUUUGGAAUCUUGGAUUUUGGGUUGUAAUUUUAUUUACUUGUUUAUUAAAGGAAGACAAAAAAGAAACCUUUCUUCCCAGGCAUUUCCUUGCUUUCUUUGUAAUAGAACUCUCUAAUAUCCACCACAACCUUUCCAUUCCAGUUUCUUACCGACAGGUUCAACAUUUUACGAUUCUUGGAAAGCUGUAAUUUCAAACAAACAAAAAAUUCAAAAUAAAAUCCUUUAAAAUACAAUAUUUAUAGAAAGUGUAAUAAACUUUAUUAUGUGAUAUAAAGAGACCUUCAAUUAAGCUUUGAAGCAGAAAAAUGUGAGCUCAUCUGUGUUUGGUUUAAUUGUUUAAGCUUUGCACAUAGCCUAAGAAAGGGUUUUUUUUUUGUUUUUUACUUCAUAGUAAGUGCGACUUUACUAUGUUAUUUAUCUGAAUUUUUUUAUUUGUUUUACUCUUAAUAAUUUGUUCUAUCAGCGUCUUAAACAAAAUGUGAGAAGACUAAAUAUGAUGCUAGCCUAAUCUCUCGGAUUGUAAGUGAUUUUAUUUUGCAAUUCUAUCUUUUAGAUUGUACAAAGUUUUCAUUUAAAUGUAGAUAUUUUUUUAUUUAAAUAUUGUUAUACGUGUAGAAAAACAAAGUAUGGGGCCUCAAGACUCGCUUGGGGCCUCCAAAUUGUCAAGGCCAGCUCUAGUGACGAAUACAGUAGCUUCAAUUUAUUUUAUAUGUUUCUCAUAAUCAAUGUGGUACUCAUCAUUAUUUCUAAAUCACUGGCUUUAUUACCUCACUGGUGGUUUCAAUUAUAGUAAUAUGGACGAAGGUGAAAGAGAAGCAACGAACUCCUGCCAUAAAAGCAUUGAGAGCAUAUACUUUCUCCUUUCAGCAAUGAGUUUUCUCAUUUCAACACCUCGGAAGUUCUUAUCCUUCUUUUCUUAAUCUCUGUAAUUAAGCAGACAACGAGGAGAAAGCCACUCAUGUUAGGCUCCUUUUAUCAAAUGUUGAAGCUGGCUCUAUUAUUGGGAAAGGUGGUUCGACAAUCAAUGAUUUCUAGUCUCAAUCUGGAGCACGCAUUCAGUUGUCACGCAAUUAUGAGUAUUUUCAUGGAACAUCAGAUAGAAUUGUCACUCUAUCUGGAAUGGUUAAUGAUAUAAUGAAGGCAAUCGAUCUUAUUCUCAGCAAAUUGUUGGAUGAGUUUUAUGCGGUGGAGGGUGGUCACGUGAACCCGCAAUCAAAGAUUAGGCUGGUGGUGCCCAACAGCUCGUGGAGGAAUAAUUGGGAAGGGAGGAGUCAUCAAAAAGAAGAUAGAAGUAGUUCCUUGACUAUUGCCAUCCCAGCUGAAAAUAAAGGAAUAGUUGUUGGCCGUGGUGGAAGGAGUGUUAUGGAGAUCAGUCAGCUUAGCGGCGCCAGGAUAAAGAUAUCUGAACGGGGUGAUUUCAUGUCUGGGACAUCAGAUAGGAAAGUGACCAUCUCAGGGCCUCAAAGUGCAAUUCGUAUAGCUGAAACAAUGAUAUUGCGAAAAGUUGCUUUCAUUACUGAGAGGUGAUGGGGCCUCGACAUUAUCAUUUAAGCUCGUUGACAAUAUUGGUAUUUGUCCUACCUCAGUUUCUGUGAACAUUUGGCAAAUUCAAUCCGUCCACAUUUAUUAUCUUGGUGAAAUUAUGAAAACUUGAUGAGACUGUAAGAAACUUGCAAAAUUUCCAUGAAAUCAGAACCGUGUCAACUAAAUUGAUGCAGGAACCACACAGAGAGCAUGUUGGCUAAGCAAUACAAAGUUCAUUUACAAGUAAAUACGUAAGUUUUAGAAGUAUGUUUGGGAAGUGUGUAUAAGUGGUUUAAAUUAUAAAUAGAUAAAAAUUAGUCAAUAUACUUUUGGGUCUUUUGAAAUGUGUGGAUAAAAGCAUAUAAAUAGUACAUAAACAUGAGCCAUAUAUUGGCUGAUUUUUAUUUUUUAUUUUUAA